GGGUGGGGGUGGGGGGGAAGAAGGUGGUGUUCUUCCUUUAAUCAUGGAGUACAUCAUUCCCAAACCGCAGCUUUCGUCCCGGGCUAAUGCUUUCUCCAUCGCUGCUCUCAUGUCAAGUGGAAAUUCCAAGGCGAAAGAAACCGAAGAAAACACAAUUAAACCACUUGAGCAGUUUGUGGAGAAGUCGUCUUGCGUUCAAACCUUGGGUGACCUGAGCAGCCUGGAACACAAGGAUUUCAGUGAGAAUGCAGCUGCCGUCUGCACAGAGCCGCUCAUCCCCACGAUCCCCACUGUCCCCAGCGAGGAGAUGGCCAAAAUCACCUGCAACCUCGAAACCAAAGAGUUGUGGGACAAGUUUCACGAGCUGGGCACUGAAAUGAUCAUCACCAAAUCUGGCAGGAGAAUGUUUCCUACUAUCCGUGUGUCAUUCUCCGCGGUUGAUCCCGAAGCAAAAUACAUCGUCCUGAUGGACAUCGUGCCUGUGGAUAACAAGAGAUAUCGCUACGCAUAUCAUCGCUCCUCUUGGCUUGUGGCCGGGAAAGCCGACCCACCAUUACCUGCGAGGCUUUACAUUCACCCCGUCCCCUUCACAGGGGAGCAGCUGCUGAAACAAAUGGUGUCCUUUGAAAAAGUGAAACUCACUAACAACGAGCUGGAUCAGAUUGGCCACAUAAUAUUAAACUCGAUGCAUAAAUACCAGCCCCGGGUGCACAUUAUUAAAAAGAAGGAUCACACAGCCUCUCUGGUUAAUCUGAAGUCAGAGGAAUUCCGCACCUUUAUCUUCACAGAGACAGUGUUCACGGCAGUCACCGCCUAUCAGAACCAACUGAUUACCAAACUGAAAAUCGACAGCAAUCCUUUCGCUAAAGGAUUCCGGGAUUCUUCAAGACUGACUGAUAUAGAGAGGUACUGCUUCCAGGAGGAAAGUGUUGAGAACCUAAUCCAAAAGCACACCUAUGCACGAUCACCAAUACGGACUUAUGGAGGAGAGGAUGAUGGAUUGGGAGAUGAGAACCAAGCAGCGCAGACCAGAGGGUCAGCAUUUACAACUUCAGAUAACUUAUCCCUGAGCACCUGGUUAACAUCCUCCUCCGGUUUCUCAGGUUUCCAGCACCCUCCGUCCCUUGCUGCAAUUGCCACAAGCACGGCUUCACUAGCAACGCCCAUUCCCCAUCCCAUGCAGGGUUCAUUGCCUCCCUACAGUCGGGUUGGAAUGCCCCUGACACCAUCUGCAAUCGCAAGCUCCAUGCAAGGAAGUGGACCCACAUUCCCCACAUUUCACAUGCCCAGAUAUCAUCACUAUUUCCAGCAAGGGCCGUAUGCUGCUAUCCAAGGACUGCGACACUCCUCAGCUGUUAUGACGCACUUUGUUUGAUUCGUUAAAUAGUGGCUCAUUUCACACAAGGGAAUGUGGCAUUUAGGAGUGAUGGACUGAGCUCUUAGACAUGCCUAUGGUAGAGCAAUUCAAAGGCACAGACUGAGCUAUCACUCCCACAGAUACAUUGUCACACUGCUACAAAUUUCAGAAUGCAUUGAUACAACUGAACUACCACUCCUAGAAUGCAUUGCCACCAAUUGAACAACAGCUGCUACAAUGCAUUAUUGUAAAACAACUGCAAACUUUCGAGAUGCAGUUUCUCCUUCAACCCCUUCUUCUAACAGAACCUGUCACUGGAAUGAAUUGCGAACACUACACUGGAUUGUGAGAGCCAAAUCGGGUUGCUUUAGGUGGCAGUCUGCUCAAUCGGUAGCACAUUCACCUCUGGGUCACAAGGUUGUGAAUUCAAGCCCCCAUAUCAGGGCUUGGACUCAUGGUCUAGCUUGACACUCUACUCCAUACUGGGGGAGCACUGUAUUGCUGAAGGUGCAGCUCUUGAGAUGAGAUGUUAAUCCUAGUCUGCCUAUUCAAGUGGACAUUAAAGAUCCUACAACACUAUUGAAAUAAAGAAGUGUCACCUGGCCAAUGAUACUCCAACUGGAAUUGUGACCUGGCUAUUAUGGGACCCUACUGUGCAGAAAAAUGGUUGCCAUUUUUGCCUACAAAAAGAGUUACUACCUGCAAUAAUUAUUGUGAAAUGCUUUUGAGAUGGUUCAAUGCUAUGAAAAUGUAAUUUCUGAUUUGCCACAUGACAAUAUACCAUACCACCAUAGUUCUUAUACUACAUUCCUAGAAUAGAAUGCAUUAUGAUGGUGAAACACAAAUGUCUAAGGUUUGUGCUGUAAUGCACUGCGCAGAAUAACGUAAAGACAGCCCUCUUACCUUUAGUUGCCAGGUCAGGUAGAUGAAAUAAAGGGGGAGGAGAGGGGGAAACUGAAGAAUGUGUAUUAAAAAAAGUCAUUAUGGGAGACAGCCUGGAUAUACAGUGGGAGAUGCAGUUGAAGAUGAAAAGGUGUUGUGGAGUUUCUAGAUGAGGAGAGAUUGAAUGGGCUUCGAAUAACAAUGGGGAACAGGAAAUAUGUUGCUGUUCAUGCUGCAGGCAGCAAUAUUGUAAAUAAACACAUGCUGAAUAUAUGGCUUAACCGUUGAUAGUAGACUGGAGAAGGGAAAAGCUGCAGAGCAUCACAGGUUACAGCCUCUGCCAACUCUGUAAGUGGUGUGGCAACUUAUUCUCCAGAGACUGUAAGUUCAUUAGUUGCCAAUUUUUGUUGGUUGAAAAAAUCAAUAAAAUCUCUUUGGGAAUAAUUAUGCAAUCUCAUUUAAUUUAAGUUGUGACUUUUGUCUCAUCUAAUAGCACUCUUGCCUUUAGGUCAUUCUUGUCUGUGGGUCAGUUAGUUGUGGGUUCAAGUCCCACAUCAGGACUUGAAUUUAGGGCUCCAGAGCAUUACUGGGGGGAAUGCUGCAUUGUCAGAUUUGCCAUCCUUCAGGUGAGACAUGAAACUGAGAUCCUGAAUGAUUUUUCUUCUGGAUGAACAUUAAAGAUGCCAUGGUACUAUUGAAAAAGAG